CUUUCUUUAGUUCUAAGUACCUGUGCGAUUCUUCACUUUUUUCUAGAGAACUUAGCUGCUCUUUUCCAAAAGACACGCCCCCCAUCCGUUUUCCCACCCUUCUGCCGAAAAGCAAGGUGGAAAAAAGAAAGAAAAGGAGGACCCCGCCGAAUGCUGCCGCGUCCGCAACCCGCGCCCAGCCCUGAGUGGAGAUGGACAUCUGGCGACAUCCGUCCGUCUCAUCGGGGGCCACCAUACAGAAAGAAGAGCAGCCGCGUCAACAUAAGAAUCGGGUCAAGUUGGUCGAGUCGGUUCAAACAAUGAGAAGACCUGCGUUCUCUUGAACCAAGUAACUGAUGUGAAGAUGGUUGGGAAUCACGGAAAUGGAAGAAAGAAAAAGAGAAUGGUCAAUAGGUAUACCUUGCAGCAGGCGGAGAGAAACCUGUGCGAGGGCCGCCGCCCGCGUUCCGUAUUGGUUCCGGGUCACCGUCGCCGUCUUCUGCUUCUCUCUCUCUACCUCUGCCUCUGCCAGAUUCAAGGUCUGCCUGCCACAUGCAAUCUCGAUCACCUCUUGAUUCUCUUCCUCCAGGUCUACCUGGGGUCGUCUUUUAGGCCGAUGUGUCCAAUGCAUUAUUGAAUCCCAUCUUUGACAUUUCCAUCAGCACCAUCCGUCGGCGGCGCGUGUGCCUUCUUUGACCAUCACACCCCUCACCGUUUCCCUAACGCCACCCCCUCUUUCCUUCUCAAACCGCCGAAAGCCUGAGGAACCACCGCCCGGAUUUUGUCGCCCACAAGGGCCACCACCGAGAAACCACGGCCGACCGUGUGCUCCGGUUCCCUUCUCGUUCUCCUUUUUGUCUCCCACAACGCACCCAAGGCGAAGAAGCCACAUCCCCCUUUCCAAACAAGACCAUUUACAUCAUUUUGUUCCGGCGCAGUCCCGGAGGUCGCUAGUCUUGCCCCGACUCGAUUUUGAUUGAUUUCUUCUCCUCUCUCGGGUCGCUGGUUGUGGGACCGUCCUCCUCCUCCCACCAUUCCCCCGUCCCCCGUUCCUUCCCUCGCCCCCUCCCUCCUGCCUUCCCCCCCCAAGCGCUCUUCCCCUUCCAGGCGUCCUGACCUUUGCGCCGCCGCCGCCGCGCCCGCCCGCCCGCUUUACCUCCUGCUCCUGCCUGGGGGUCUCGCCUUUUUCUGGAGCCACCCUUCUCCAUAAUCUCGGCGCGACGGGUCUUCUCUUCUCUGCGUCACCCGGCCCCAAAACUCUCUUCUCUUCCGGAGCCCCCUCAACAAAACACUCCUCCUCCCGCUCCCCUUCCACCCCCGAACUCUUCCUCCUUUUCUUCCUUUCUUCAACUUCACCUCGUUGACUCUCCGGCCUCUUGACGCCGGUCACCUCCGUGUCGUCGUACUUGUUGUCGUCGCCGUCGCCGUCGCGUCACCACCAAACCCCACCCAUCGUCACCCAACACAGACCUGAUCGCGUCGCGUCCCAUCCGCCCCCGUCACCCAACACAUCAGCCGACGCGCGCCUCAUCGUCGCCUGGGUCUUGCCAGCAAGCAAAGACAUCUUGUCGCGUCGCAAGUCAAGACACUUCUCAUCACUGCGACGACAUCAACGCAAACCCUCGUAGCUUUGCAUAGCAUCAUGUCCGCCAGCGUCGUGCGGUCUACCGCCCUGCGAGCCGGCGGCGCCUGCGUCCGCUGCCGCAAGGGCAAGACCAAGUGCGUCUACGAAAACGGUCGCGCUCCUUGCAAGAACUGUGCCAAGGGCAUGCACGAAUGCUAUCUGCCCUCCGAGUCCAUGGCCCAUCAUCACGGCCAGUCACCCGCCCGUCACACCGCUGCCCAUCGCCCAGCGCGCGAGAGCCUGCCUGCCUCGGUUCCGGCCGGCGAUGUUCGUGCCGCCAACCCGGCCUCUACCGCGUCUCGUCACGUCCAGACACCCGAGAAAUUGACUCCGGAGCUCAUCCAAGAAUGCGAACGCGUCAUUUCCAAGACGUACCCGGCCUGUGUUGCCUUCCACAAGCCGUCAUUCAUUCAGCAACUCAAGAACGCCUCUCUUGACCCGGCCCUCAUUUACGCUCUGCUCACGUGCGCUGCUCGGAGCUCCCCCACUCUCAUUAGGCGCUAUGGCGGACAAUCCGGCGCGACCGGAGCCGCCGAGCACUUCGCCGCCAAGGCCAUGGGCAUCAUCAAUCAGAACCUCGACACCCCCAGCCUGGCGGAGAUCCAGGCCAUCUGCUUGAUCAUCAUCCACGAGUGGGGCUCCCGCAAUGCUGUUCGUGCUUACAUCUACCUGGGCCAGGCUAGCCGCAUGGUCCAGAUGUACCGCAUCCUCCACAGCCACCAUGCCGCUGUCAGCGAUGCCGACCGCUUUUUGCAGGAUGAGUCGUUCCGCCGCGUGCUCUGGCUGCUGUACAUCCUCGACUGCCUGCUCACCAGCACACCGGGCCGACAGCCGGCACUGUCCGUUAACGACACUUCCGAUGUCUCUCUGCCUUGCUCCGACAUGAACUUUGCCUUUGGCAAUGCCGUCUUUGUCCAAACCAUCAACCUGUCGGACCCCAGUCGCUUGCCCACCGGCACACGCACCGAUGAGGUGGGCGAGUUCGGCCAGAUCGUCCUGGCCACACGCAUAUGGCGCGAUGUGGUCCAGAUGCUGAUGACCACAACGACCGAGACGUUCAACGACAACGUCUGCUCCGGCCUCAUGGCGGAGAUUGAGCGUCUACGUGCCUCUCUUUCGAUGCAAUACGUCGACAAGCCUGGUCAAAUCAACCUGCACAUCACCAUGGGCUCUGGCUUUACCUACGCCAUGCUUCACUGCAUGCUUCAUUGCGCAUCGAUCUUCAUUAACCGCCGCCGACUGUUGCAAUAUGUAACGGCUCCUGGAUUCAACCUCGAGAGCUGGCGCCUGACGCCCCAGUGCCACGAGAUCAUUGACAGACUCUUCACCUCGUGCCACAGCACCAUUGCCAUGCUGACGGCGCUUGAGGCCGGCUUCGACAAGGAGGGCAUCAUCUGCUUCCCCAUCUUCAUGCUCUUCUCUUCCUUCACGGCCAGUGCCACGGUCGCCUACCUGUCUCUCAAGGGCCUCACCCCUCCCAACGCCGUUGAGACGGCCGGCCAUAUUGUGCGCGACGGCCUCCACUUCAUGCAGGACGGAGUGGACACCUGGCCUCUGAUCAGCUCGUGGCUUCGCCAUCUUGCCGUCAUGCACAGAGUGCUGGGCAAUGAUGCCGGUGCCGCGAGCCCCAGCGUGGGCGGCACCUCGGUUCCUCCCACAGCGGUGCCCGCCGACCAGGCUUCCGUUAAGGAUGAGGCCGCGUCCAACCCCGACACCAACCCGGACGCCAUGGACUAUGAUCAGUCUUCCAACGCCGCGGCGCCCCAGGCCCCGCUCAACAACCACACCGCCUCCGUCAGCGAAAGUGGACGUGACAGCGGACGCGAUAGCGAGCCGCCCGCCCCUCCCCCCCGUCGCUCCGGCGUUACGACUAUCAACGGGGGCUCUGGCGGAGUCGGCACUCCCGCUUCGGCAAGCCCUCCUCCCCCUCAGCAGCAGGCCGAGAUCAAGCAGUCCACCGAGAUGCUGCCGCAGCCGCCCAUUGGCAACGGCGUUCAGUCUUCGGAGCCGGCUGCUUCUGUGCCCCAAGACAUGACGGCCAGUGAGCUGUGCUCCGCGUUUGAGCGACAGCUCCUCGAACUGGACGACCUUGCCGCCUUCAUGGGCGGUGGCGUUUGACUCACCUCUUGAUUAAUAUUUACCUCUUGACCAGAGACUCUCAUACAACCAACGUGGUGACGUGUCUACGUCAUUUCGGACCGGCAUCUUGUACAGUACGACUCAAAAAAUACCCUGCGACUAACUCUUGUGAUCUUGCACCGGGCGGCGUUGCGACGCCGUCCCUGGGCGGGGAUCGGUGUUGUCUUUUGAGAUUCAUGAGGAGGUGUUGGUGGUGGUGGUGGUAGUUGUGUUGCGCGGGAACUAGGAUGGAUCGGGUCGGGUGGCAAGUCUUCUCUCGUGCGUUGCUCUCUGAAGUAAAGCGGCGUGGUGUGGGGAGAGGGAGUAAUGAGCUUCUUAGUAUUUUUUUGGCGUUGGAGGUCGAGUCGACGAUUGGCUUCGGCCGGCUCUACGGAGACGUUGGCGGCUGCGGUUUGUGUCUUGUUUUUCCUGCGGUUAUGGCAGCAUCAAGGGCCUGGGAAUACUUCCCUUGAGGUUAUGCUGCACCACUCAAAGCAGCACGAAGGCGUUUCGGAUUCGUCGCUUGAUAACUCUUUAAUCGUAUACCCGUGCCAUAUU